ACUUUCCUCCUUCCUCCUACUAUGGGAAGACCCUGGUUUAGGCUGACGGAAUGUGGCUGGCAUUGCGCAUGCGCGCGCAGAGCCCCUGAUGGCGAUGUAGAACGGCGAGCUCGGGAAUUCACCUCAGAUGUCCCCCUGUUUCAGCCGAGCAGAGCUGGUGCUGGGGAUGAGCGCAAACCAGCAGGCGUGCGGAAUGACGAGGAUCUCGGGGACGCAUUAAAAUCUGGGAGUGGGGCUUCAUCAGCAGCUCGUCUAAUCACAUGCGAGCUGCGUCGUCCAUGUCUUCUCCGUUCCGGCACUAUUGCGGAGUUGAUGUCAAUGAACGCUCUCUUCAGCUAUGAUGACAGAUCAGCACCUCCCACUUUUGGAGGCCACGCCCAUGUUGGCUGAAAUGCCCCUCCACCCGCACAUGCUCAGCCGAGACGGCAUGCAGCAGAUGGUCCUGGUGCAGGUCAAUCCAGGAGAGACAUUUACUGUACGCACAGACGAUGGCCAGAUUCAGUGCAUUACAGGUCCAGCGCAGGUGCCCAUGGUGUCCCCUAAUGGCACCGUGCCUCCCAUUUUUGUGCCUCCAGGUUACAUAUCUCAGGUGGUGGAGGAGAACGGCAUGUGGAAGGUGCUGGUUCUGCCUCAUACGAUGGAGUUUCAUCCCUCGUUACCCCCUGUACCUCCACAUCUCCCACUGUACACCCCGCCACAACCAGCCAUGCUGCACCACCCACACUUUUACCCCACCGAGCUCUCUCCUCACUACAUUCACCAGCUGCCUGCGCUUCCUGUCUACACUGAGCAGGACAUGAUGUGCCACAGUGUGUCAGUGCCCAUUCGUGAAGAACGUGCAGUGAAAAUGCAGGAGCAGCUACAGCGGAGGCUGAAAGGCGGACAUCUAGGUGCUGCUAACGGCAUGCCACUCACCCACAACGGACAUGGCAAAGUCCGGACAGGCAUGGCUGCCUCUCCUACACCACCACGUCUUAAACACUCAGUCCGGAACAGAGGCUCCCCCCCAAGUGACUACGAGGUUAAAGCUGCAGAUCCAGAAGAGGAAAUGAGGCGAGUGCAGGAGCUGCUAUCUGCUGUAUGCAAACCAGCAGUGGGCAGUGUCACGUCACACUCUGCAGUUCUCUCCUGGCGUCCUCCACUCCCUAUACUGUCAGAAGCAGAAACACACUUACACUCACACCCUGCUCUGCCGCUCAGCUACGAGCUGGCCUUGUCUCAGAGUGGCACAGAGGGAGAUUUCAAACUUGUGUACCAAGGGAAAGACACUACAUGUACACUGGGAGAGCUCAGACCUGCUACACACUACUACGCCAGGGUGUGUGUGGCGUGUAGGUCGAUGAAGGGAGCCCCAUCAGAGUGUGUAACUUUCACUACACUGUGCAGCGUCCCGGACACUCCUGCAGUCCCCCGAUUUAUCCAGCACACCAAGAGCUCCAUAAGCCUUCAGUGGAGAUCACCCAAUGACAAUGGCUCAAAAAUCACUGGCUUUUGCUUGGAGUACCACGAACAGGGAAAACAAAGUGCAUUUAAGGAGAUUUACAGUGGCCUUGCCAAGCAGUACAAAGUUGUGCACCUCAUGCCUUCAACAAAAUAUGCCUUCAGACUUGCUGCUAAAAACGAUGUAGGAAUGAGUGCCUUCAGUGCUGUUCUGAGUUGUUGCACAGCCAGCUGUGUCAUGUCUCCUCCUGCUCCUCCACCUCCACCUCGUCUGGUGGAGGCUGGCGUAACAUGGCUGAGUCUAGAGUGGAGCACCCCCUGUGGGACAGCCAGCCGAGACACACUCUCUUACAUUCUGGAGAUGGAAGAGAUUGGAUCGGGGUGUGGCUUUCAGCCAAAGCAUAGAGGAGAGGAGCAAUCAUGUAUAGUGAAGGAGCUCAGGCGAUACACCUCCUAUCGAUUCAGGGUGUCUGUGGCUGGACCAGAGGGUCACACUGUGUCUAGCGCAGUAGUGGACUACAGAACACUGCCAGACCAACCAGGCAGCCCAGGAAAACCAUCACUGCAGGGUUCUGUACAACCGCACAGCCUGCAUGUUGUCUGGGAGGCCCCAGAGGAUGACGGAGGCUCGCCGAUCACUCUAUAUAUACUGGAACUCAGUCAGAGUGACCACCAGUGGGAUGUCGUGUACCGUGGGCCUCUCAGACAGCAUGUGUGUGAGGGGUUGCAGGAGGGGAGAUGGUACAAACUGCGGGUGUACUGUGAGAGUUUGGGAGGUCAGAGUCAGGUGUCGGAGAGUCUCUGCGUGCAGAUGGCUCCUCUGCCUCCUGGACCCUGCCAAGCCUUGCACCCUGCAGAGGGAGCCACAUCCUCAGAGAUUUCACUAUCCUGGGAUCCUCCAGCGUGUGACGGCGGGGCAGCAGUGUCUCAGUACUGUGUGGAAAUGGCUCAGUCAGUGGGAGACUCUCAGCAGCAGGUUUUCCAGGGUUCAGAUCCCUUCUGCACUGUGGGCCAACUUCUUCCUGGCACAGCGUACCUGUUCUGGGUGAAAGCCUACAAUGCAGCAGGGUGGGGUCCCCUGUCAGAUGUGUGCCAGGCUUCCACGACACCAGGAGCCCCAGAGCAGUGCAGUGUCCCAAAUCUUACACUAAGCACUUGCAGCAGUGUACUGGUCACCUGGGAGAGCCCAGCCUGUAAUGGGUCAGAGGUGUAUGAGUUUCAGAUGGAGUGGGGUGUGGAGGAAAGUGCUCUGGAAUUACUGUACUCUGGUUCUUCAUCUCAAUAUGAAGUGAGAGAAUUGCAGCCAGCCACACAGUACUACUGCAGAGUGCGGGCAGUCAAUGCUGUUGGGGCAGGCCUCUUCAGCGAUGCUGCCACAGUACAGACCCCAGCCUCAGUCCCAGCAGCUGUGGAGCAUGUGGAGGAGAUUGGGACAGACUCCCUGGGUGCUGGGACAGCUCGCAGUACUGCUACCAGUCUGGCUCUAAGGUGGACAGAACCGAAGUGUCAUGGAGCAGAGAUUUCGGGAUACAAUAUAGACUUUGGAGAGGAGCGCCCUCUGUCUGUAGGGAGGACUAACUACCACGUACUGGAAAAUCUUCAUUCAGACACUACAUAUAGGAUACGAGUGCAAGCGGUGAAUAGCAUAGGUGCUGGUCCCUUUAGCACAGUGCUAAAGCUCAGGACACGACCUUUGCCUCCUGAACCCCCAGUGCUGGAGUGUGUGGUGGCUGGACCUCAGAGUUUGAAGCUGAAAUGGGGAGACAGGCUUCAGAACAGUCACGGCACACACUACUGUUUGCACAUGCAAGCCGCCACGGACAGGUUGGUUUGCAUCUACAGCGGCCCUUGCCAUACGUUUAAAGUGCAGCGACUGUGUGAAGCUACCGAGUACCAGUUCACCAUUCAGGCUCACAGUGCAGCAGGAAUGGGCCCCCUCUCUCCUCCCUACAUAUUCAGCACCACCCGCUCUCCACCACCUCAGCUCAAACCACCAAAGGUUGAACUGGUGGAGUGGAAUAGGUAUACAGUCACAUGGGAGGCGCUUCAGGCAAUGAGAGGAGACCCAAUUGUUUAUGCACUGCAGCUGCUGAGGGGCCGUGAAGUGGAGCAGCUGUAUAAGGGCUCUGGAACCUCAUACACAUGGCAUAACUCCACAGCGAGUAGCAUGUGUCGCCUGCGUGUGUGUGCCGGUCGUCGGAGCACAGACGGUGGAGAGCUGUGGGGUCAGUGCAGCCUCAGCACGGCCCUUCCUGCGACUGAGCCGCCCAGAAUCACAAGCUCCCACAAUCCCCAGCCCAAGAGGAGUUGGUCUCUUGCUGAUGAGCGCUUUGCAACUGUUCUGCUCCUCGGCUUUGUCAUACUGGCCAUCCUGUUUGCCGUGUUAAUCCAGUACUUCAUCAUCGAGGUGCAAUGAGGGAAGAGGAAAGGGAUUAGGUGGAGGAAGGGAAGAAAGAAAUAAGAUAGAGGAAGGAGAAAGAAAAAAGCGGCGUGUUAGAGCAGAGCAGGCCUCGUAGCACAUAGCCGCCCUGGCUAGCACAGAACAUUUUGCAAUGGUCAAAGCCCAAUUAUUAUUAUUAUUAUUAUUAUUAUUAUUAUUAUUAUUAUUAUUAUUGUUCUUUUUUUAAUGACUAUUAAUGCAUGGAGGAAAGAAAUCUAUAUAUGGCAUCAGUAGGUACUUUGUUGUGUAAACUGUGACGAAUGGGACUUCAGUGUGCCGUCUGCGUACUUUUUAGAAGGUUACUUCACAGUUUUGGCCAGAUUUUAUUAUUAUUUCAUAUGAAUUCGGAUUAUUUUUAGAUCACAGAAACUUCUCUAGGCAUGGCCGAUCACUCAGUGCUUUGGUGAGCUUGGCUGGUAUUCGGUACACAGCAGCCUUAUCUGAACAUUAAAGGACCUCAUUCUCAGUCUGGAAGUCAUGAGACACCCUGAAACACCCCUGAGGAUUGUUACGUCACUGAGUUUAUGUUGCUUUAUAAAAAUGAAGUCUUAUGGGCUGAGUGCUUUUCACUGCCUUAGAAUAAUACGAGGGGUUUUUUUUUCUUUUUUUUUUUUUUUGCGCAUAUAUCAUGUAGGCAGUAUUCCAAUUUUUAUUUUAUUUUUUUCCAGUAUCACAAGUGUUAAAAGGGAGACAGUGCCAAAGCUUUCAUAGACAUAUACAAAAGAGCAUACUCAUACAUGACUGGAGUCUAUUGUACUCUCAUUUGCAGAUAAGAAAUAUUUUUUAUGUUAAAGAAUUCAUAACAUCAUAACCACAUUAUACAUAAUAAUUCAUUCAUUUAGCUGAGACAUUGGGAGAGCUAGAUUUUUACGUUCUGCUAUCACCAGUGUGUUCUUAUAUGAUAGACUAUACAUGCAUUCUAGCUAUGUUCAUGUACAUACAGAUAUGGCAGUAUUGCUUAGAUAGCCUAUAUGGAUAUGCAUUUGUUAUAAAUGUCUCUAUUUAGCUCAAACUGAGCAGUGUAGUCCCUUUCUGAUUUCUGCUUUUGGUGAAGAGUUUUAUUUUACAGGUUUCGUUUAACAGUAUAUGUUCUCAGUUAAUUUGUAAUGAAUUCUCAUAGUUAUCCAGCAGUUACAGAUGUGUGGGGGGGUAAAUACCAGCACACCCCAUCUCCAGUGCCAGUGAAGCUGCUCGUAAGCUGGUAUUUUCUUGGUUGGUGCUUAGCAAUGCAGCAGAAGGAGUACCCAUCCCUCUUUCCUUCCUUCCUUCCUUCCCUCCUUCUUCAAAGGACUGCACAUGACACAAAUGGGAUUUUCAAUAUUUAGCUUAAAGAUUUUAUUUUAUACUUACAUCCCAGUUUCCUGCCGGUGCUCAAUCCAGAUGAAGUGAAUGGUUUUUGAUGUCGCUAUUGCGCUACGUUUGUUAUUUGACAGAAUAAAUUCCCCCGUGGACAUAAUUAGAUCGUGCUUGAUGAAGUAGACCCCGAGUGAAGUGCCUCUAUCUGAAAAGGCGUCAUGUUAUAAGUGCAUCAGUGUCAGUCUAGAACCUUUGCCUUUUUUUUGCCUUGCUUACCUUAAGGACUCGUAAUAAUUCGUUCAAGUGCAGAGUGCACUCAGUCUCUGACUCUUCUGUGCAAGGCCUACUUCUGAGCUUCUCAUGCAAAUGCAAAGCUGUGUUUCACUACCAAAAGUGGUGAUAAACAUAUUUAUAGAGCUGCUAGUGUUUUUAUUUACGAUGGAGAAAAGCUGCUGUCUGAACUUCCUUGUUUUCAAACUUGAAUAGAGCUGUACGCUGUUUGUUCUUUAUACCUCUUUCGUGCCGCAAAAGCCAUUCUAUUGCACAGCAGAUGCAGUUUUUUUCCCCUUUUGCUUUUCUUUCACUUUGUCAUUUACCUUUAGGCGUACUGCUUCAACAUGUUGGUCUUAGCCUUAGGGCUUUCCGUAUUUACCUGUAUACUUUGCAUUGGAUCCAAUUUCAAAAUAGCUCCUGGGCUAUCUCAAGGUUUCUGACAUAUUGAAUGUCUUAGAUAUAGAAGUAGAAGUCUGAUUUACUCAGAAUGCCUUUUAGAAAGUGCUACAACACACCCAUUCACAUGCAUGUUCAAUAUGCCAGGAUGUUCAUGUUAAAGGAGUCUUUGUGCCAUUUAAUAAGUGAUUCGUGGAAAUGAACACUGUCACUGAAGAAUCACAUGAGUGUGUGGAGUAAUAACAGAUUAUUAUAUAGGGAAUUUCCAUUUAUAAAGGUGCUGGUAGCAGGAAUCUGUAGGGCCAAAAGUGUUUUUGUUUUCUUUUUUUUUUUUUUUUUUAGGUAACACUUUACAUAAAGGUACAUUAAAGCUACUAGAUGUAAGAUUUUGGAAUUUCGCCUUUUCAGCCUCCUGUGGAUAAAAAUGCUAUUGCAAAGCCACUUGCAGAACAUUUUAUAAUGUGGGUUGUGCUGCAAUCUUCCCUGACUGCGUGCAUUAAUCUCAGUUAUCAGCCGGUUCACUGUCACUGGGACUUCAGGCUGGUUGACACAACUACUGUAGCGAGUGGUCGUUUCCGUUUUAUUUGUCGCCCGAUCUGUGUUCGCUGUGUAGUUUGUUAUUUAAUCUGCGUGUUUUGUUCUCCUGCGUGCCAACAAAGCUCGGCAUUAAAUGGCUAGUUAACGCAAGCCAGUGUAUAAAGAGACACUGAUCAGGUGGGCAGCGGGCCUGGAUCACUCACCCUUGGUCGAUAUAACAGAGUUUGAAAUACAAAACCAACACUUCCUGUUAGUCACUAGCCACCUAUCAUGAGUUCUCACAUAUAUGACCUCAACAACUUCUCAAUGAUACAAAUUCCACAUCGAGGACAAAUCAGCUGACUAUCGUUCACUAGCUUCCCAUCAGAUUAAAGAACAAAUAAAUGUCUGACCUAUUUAGCAGGAAGAAAGCUAAAACUCCAUCAGUCCUGAAUCCUUUUCCUUUUACGGAGCUGUGCCCAGAUUUGGCGAAUUAAACGAGUUCAAACGUUAAGUCAGUAUUUACACAAGAAUGUUACUUGUAUUCAGAGUCUGGUUACGCGGCUAUGAUUUCCAGCGCUCUCCGUUCUGAUCAUGUAAAUCACUUGCAUUUUGAAUUUUAUCUUCGAUACGAUGCGCUGACAGUGAAUUGAGCACACACACAAGUUAAUGAAGCCACCAGAUACUAAAUUGAGGUCAUGAAAUUGCAAAGUGUGUGUGGGAUGUAGGCUAUUUAAUCACAUUUUUAAUUCACUAUUUGAGUUGUUGAAUGAAUAAAAUAAUAAUUUGAUGUGAUCUUCUGUAAAGAAAAAAAUGCGCACUGUUGCAAUCCUCACUACACGUGCGUAACGGCCCAUAGUGUAAUGUCAGACUCAUUCACGCUCUCAUUCCCAUUUACUUGAUUUACACUCUCACGUGUUCUCACUCUUGCUCUCUCCUGAUUGGCUGUGGCUCCUGCCAGUCAUUGUGUAGUCAGACUUCUUUUGUGCCUGAAGUGGGGAGUGAUGAAGUUUGAAGUAUCUGAUCUGGUGUAUGACCUGUACAUACAAAUUUCCCACCAAAUCCAACCCGACUGCCUUGAUACAGCUCUGACUGUGAACCACGAUUACAGGGUUGUCAGGGAGACUCGCAGCAGCCAAGGAACGUCAUAUUAUAAAGUUUUUUGGUUUUUUUUCCUCCUCUGACCAUAUAGUCAUGUGUUUUUUUAAACCAUACACCCUGUAGAGUUUUAAACUCCAUUAUUCGCUACAUUAUUUAAAAUAUACAAUCCAUAAACUUCAGCAUUAAUACAUCACAAAUAUUGUAAUCAUACUUGUACACUUGUAUUUACUGGGUUUUUUUUUUUCUUUUUUUUUAAAUAAUGAACCAAAUAAUGAACAUCUGCAUUAUGUUUUCACUCCAUCUAUUAGUACAAGCCCAUAAACACCAAUAUGAACUAAUUAGUUAAUUGUCUAAAAUUGUAUAAAAUUGGUUAAAUUGUCUAGUUAAAAGUUAAUUGGCAAAAUUUAUUAGUGAAUGAAUGAAUGUUUGGUGCCAAUAUUAACACCCACUGAGCUGAUUAUUAACAUUUAAUAACAUUGCAGUUUAAUUAAUGCUGAUUUAAGUGGACUUUAAUAAAACACUCAUUUAGUCCCAUUGGGAUCUGAGAGAAUAAUUCCACAAAGAUUUAGCUUUCUGUAUUUAAUUUCUAUUCUGUUUCAUUUUUCUUUGGUCUGUGGCAAUAAUAAUGUGGCCAAUGUUGCUGUGUUAUCAUGACUUACGCUCAAGAUCAGUGCUGAUGUUUAUGGAUUGUUAAUGUGAAAUAAUUCUGUGAAUAAUGUGAGGUUAGUGUACCUGAAUGUAAAGUGUUCUCUUUGUAAAAACCUACCAACUCUGCUGCUACCAGAAAAUGGACUGUUCAUCCUUUAAUGUAAGCCAAAAGCUAAAAGCAAUUUGUAUACUUCACACAAGUGUUAAAACCUACAAAUAAAACAAUAGCAUUUAAUGACGUAUCUAAGGAAAGGACAUGGACCAAAGAUAUUACUGCUGCAGUAUAUUUAAAUGUGGUUUAAUGCCAACAAUGCAUGUUUAAACCUCAUUAAAUGGUUGAUUUUGUGAUUAUUCUAAUCUGUUGAUCACAUCAUCCAAACUGGUAUUUAAUUCCAAACAAACUGUGCGACUCCUAAUUCACUGUGCUUGUGAAACGAGUGGCUUAAUCCACACUUAGGAAUGACUUACUAAAUUAUAGAUUUCCAAUGAAAGGGCCCGUUUUUAUGCCAGAAUAAUAGAGAAAUCAGUGUGUAUGCUUUUUUUUUCUUUUUACCCAUACAGUUUUCACAAUUAAAUAUAAAAGAGUAUUUAGGUUUCUAGUCGUAGCCCUAAGGCUCAAUAACCUCUGUGCAGCUUUAAAUUUGUGUGUAAGCUACUGCAUUUGUAAUCUCAUAGCGUUUCAAUUUCCUGAAGACGUAACCAAAGCCGGUACAAAGACUGUUAACAGGCACCGAGGUUACUGUGCAUACACUGUCUAGCUUUCAUUUUACAUUUUGCCAUGAUUUAAGAAAAAAAUAAAAUAAAAUAAAAAAAAAACUGUCAUAAAGCAUAAGAAGCCAUAAGGGACAGUCUGAAUUGUCAUGGUCUCUCUGUCUGUGGCUCGCUGCUAAAAACACUAACAAACAAAAAUAGGCUAUAAAAUGUCUGAAUCCCUAAGUAGUAUCUCAGUGUUUUAGAGUGUCAUGUGUAAAGUAGGGAAGUAGACAGGCAACACAAACAAAUUAGCAGUCAGUAGCCUAUAUGGUGUGCCAGCAUGUACAUGGAAUCAUCUUUAUGUCAAUCUACCAGCUCCAAAUCACCUUUUGUCAUGCCAGUGUUUAUAGACCACAUUUUUGAUACUGAACAUUUUUUAUUUUGAAAUACAAAAAUUAUACAUUCCAAAAAUAUUUAUCUGUUUUUUUUUUGUUUUGUUUUUUUUACUCACAUUAAAGACUGCCAUGUACCGUAUGUCAUAACUGACUUGUAACAAUCAUAGAUAAUAUAUUUAAUAUGUUAAAUAAAUUAUAGUCAUUCUGUG